UAUCUCGGGGUCUUGUUCACGAGUGAGGGAAAGAUGGAGAAGGAAAUCAGCCGGAGAAUGGGAGCAGCUGGGGCAGCAUUGCAGUCUCUCUGCCGCACUGUUGCAACCAAACGAGAGCUGAGCCAGAAGGCAAAGCUCUAAGUCUACCGAGCUAUCUACAUUCCUACUCUCACCUGUGGUCAUGAAGUGUGGGUCAUGACCCAAAGAAUAAGAUCGCGGAUACAAGCGGCCGAAAUGAGUUUCCUCAGAAGGGUGGCUGGCAUAUCCCUUAGAGAUAGGGUGAGAAGUUCAGUCACCCGAGAGAGACUCGGAGCAUCGCUUGGAAAGGAGCCAGCUUAGGUGGUUCGGCCAUCUCGUGGGGAUGCCUCACGAGCGUCUCCCUCGGGAGGUCCUCGUUGCACGUCCCACUGGGAGGAUACCCCGGGGCAGGCCAAGGACCAGAUGGGGGGAUUACAUCUCCUCUCUGGCCCGGGAACGCUUCGGGAUUCCCCAGGAGGAAGUUGCUAAUGUUGCUCUGGAGAGGGAAGUCUGGGGGUCUCUGCUGGAGCUGUUGUCUCCGCGACCCCAUUCCGGAUAAGCCGUUGAAGAUGGAUGGAUGGAUGGAUGGUUGAUUGAUUGAUUGAUUGUACAUAUUACGGGAACAACACCAAUAGAAUUUUUUCAACACGCCAAUUCUCAUCGACGUCUUUGAUUGUUGUUGCAGAGGAAAUCUAAAAUCUCGGCUUCUCGCAAGCUCAUGCUGAAGAGUUUGAUGGUGGCCAGGGCCAAAGAGCAUCUGGAGCAGGAGAUGGUGGACAAGGAGGAGCAGAAGAAUAACUACUUGGAUGACAAAGCACCUGUGUUGGAGACCAACUCCAUGAACUUAGAGGAGCUGCAGAGACUCUGUGAGGACCUACACUCCAAGAUCCACAUGGUGGACGAGGAGCGCUACGACAUUGAAGCUAAAGUCCUGCACAACACCAGAGAGAUCCAAGACCUGAACAUCAAGGUGCUGGACUUACGAGGCAAGUUUAAGAGACCCAGCCUUCGAAGGGUGAGGGUCUCUGCGGACGCCAUCCUGCGCUCCCUGCUGGGCUCCAAGCACAAAGUGUCCUUGGACCUGCGAGCCAACCUCAAGUCGGUGAAGAAGGAGGACGUGGAGAAGGAGAAGACGGUGGAGGUGAGCGACUGGAGGAAGAACGUGGAGGCCAUGUCAGGGAUGGAGGGCCGCAAGAAGAUGUUUGACGCAGCCAAAGGCCCCGCCCAGUGAGGCCCCGCCCAGUGAAGAUGCACUAAACUCCUGACUCAGCAUGUUUCGUCUGCACUGCAUGUCAAAUUUUAUUUACCACACUGUCCUUGUACUUUGUACCACCUGAUGAUUCUCCCUCAUAUAACUGAGUGUUAUUCCACCAUAUGUUUGCAUACCAAGGAAUUAAAAUGUACAAAUGCGGUCGA